AUGCCGUGGACAAAGUUGCCGCACGAGCCCAAAGUCAUGCAACAAUUCGUCAAGAUUACUGUGAAAGGCAUGCUUCACAAUGAGGCGAUAGAGUGGGUGGCCGGCGCACGGAUCCGACCCUGGGUGGUCGUUGCAUUGUUGCAGCAUUUGAUCGACUUGCAGCAUCCAAUGUGUGACAAUCACAUCUCCCCGGAGAAAGCAAAAGAAGAAGUGAAACAACGUGUCACACAGAUAUAUGGCACGGAAGAGACAAUGCCGCUCGGGGAAGCCAUUCCCGAAGACGUGCCUGUGGCCGCGCCACUCUCGUCGGCCCAAGCAAGUCCGAAAGCGCGACCCACCCAGUCUUCGCGCUCGCGUCCGGCAGCGCCAAAGCAAAGCCCACCAGCAAGUGCGCGGCACAGUGGCCAAGCUUCAAAGCCCGUUGCAGCGGCGCGUCCCGACGCAAAGCUGUCAAAGGUAGCCGUAGACACUGCAAGUGGCGACCUUGCACGCACCCCAGUCUCCAGCACACCAACCAAGCUCUCAGUUGUGGCCUCCGACAACGCCCAGAGCAUCGCUCGGGGCGCGUCGAUUGUUGUCGCAGCCGACGACACCCCGUGCAUUGCCGUCGUCGAGGUCGAGGGGUCAGAGAAAACGAACAGUCAAACUCGGACGACAACCGUCGAAAAAUACGUCCCACCGGUCGUGUCCGUUGCAGCGGUAGGUACUGCAAAAACCUUGUCCGCAAGCAUGCACUCGCCAACCAGCCGAGAUGCGCCGCCGCAGAAGCAUGCGACGCCAGAAACGGCGGCGGCCGCAGCGCUGGAUGGCCAAGCUUUCACGGGAGUGCAGAACGACCGCGGUCGAGUCAUAUGCCGAGGCAAUGGUCGGAAAUUUGGAUUGAGUACUGCUGGCCGGAGAAAUGCUUUAGGUACAAUUUUGGAUAAGCGAGAAGAUCCUUGGUUGUCCGGCACAAUGUAUGCCUUUACGCUCAUGUUGUUUGGCAACUCGCACACUGCGGUGAACUUUCGAGUUCCUCUGACUGCUGCCUCCCAUGACGCAGAGUGUGCCCGCGGAUGUCUCGCACACAAUUUGCUCCGGAAGCUACAACGCGCCAUGGCACAAGCAGCUCGCCGUUCCACACGAUACUUCACAGGCUACUUGCAAAAGCCCCAACCAUUGGGUCGGAAAGAGUUACAGCAUGCAGCCAAACAGUUGCAUUUCUUAGAAACCGCUGCCGCAGACGACCCAGCCGCGCAGCAGCGGAAAGUCGCACAUCGAGUGCUUGGGGACCUUGAAUUUCGUUGCUCCACCCGGAGCGCUCGUCGUCUGACCCGCAUCCACACAAAGAGUGCUGCCGGCCAAAGAAGUCACCACGUGGCCUGGACAGAGUACGUCGCCAACCACAUUGUUUCGGAGCAUGCGGCCAGAACAAUUCGCAAUUUCAUUGCAGCCACCGAAUGUGAUCCCGAGGAGGCCGACGCAAUAGAGCCUCCGUCCAACCGAGACAAGGUGGAAGUGGAUACAUCUUGGGUCAGCAACGAAACCAUUCAUCGGCUAAUCACAGGAGUCGGUUUUGAGUACUCGAAACGUUCCAGUGCCGCAGUCCAUGAAAUUAUCGAGGAAUGGAAAAUUGACUCGGAAGACUGCACCGCAUCCCUGAAACCCGUCAACACCGGCGUGCCCAACAUCAAGCCAGAUCACAGCCAUAGCAUCGCUCACGCACAUACCCAGUCACCUCGAGAGCAGUUUUUGACGUGGACAUAUGGCAACUUGACAGCAGAAGCCGCGGAAGCCUGGCUCACCAACUUGCAAAGUUCCAACGGCAACUGCCCACCCACCGCCGAACAACUCAAGUUUUUGCGUGCUGUCAUCCAACGCUGUCUGCAAGAGGCCGCCGAAGAGCACGCGGGCACGGCCGACACCGAGCCCUUGCGAGCCAUUUUCCAUGGCGUACCGGGGGCCGGCAAAAGCCAAACCCUCAAGUGGCUACGCAGCUUUUUCGAGGACAUUUGCCACUGGGAGCAUCAGCAUCAAUUCGUCUUCGUAGCUCCACAGAACACUCAGGCCGCGCUCAUCGGCGGUGUCACCCUCCACGCCUUCGCGAACAUCCGUGUUCGAGCCAAAAAGGCCUCCCCGGGCAGCGCCCACACCACAGACCAAUUCGUCAAGUAUCAGCGUUUACGCUCCUGGGACUUCAAAACCCACACGGUCGAGUGCGGCCAGACAACUUGCGCCGACCUGCACUUGCAAGCUGCAGCCCUUCAUAAGCAACCGCUUGAAUGCAAGCAGUGUCGAGCCGAACGCCAACGUCGGAUCACGCAAACCUUGCCAGAACUCAAGCCAUUUGGACUCUUCAAAAAUACUCGAGGCACACUUUGGAAUUGGACGCUACAUGAGGCGGACGCUGCUGCAGCGUCGCAGAACGACGCAGAUAACAUCGUCCUUCAAAAAAUGCCUCUAGCUCUGUACGUCCACGUCCCCGGGCAAACGUGGCAACAACAUGCACAACUGCCACCAGGAGUUGCCCGCUUAGAAGCAGUGACACAAACAUGGUCCCUGGAGACCAACGGUAAGGCCACAGUGUCUCGACGAGGUUUCCCACUCGCUUGCGAUUUCGCAGGGACGGCACAUUCCUUCAUGGGGUCAACCCUCGAAGCCUGCACACUUGAUCUCGGCCACUGGGACUCCACCGCGUCCCGCGAGGCUCAACUCAGCGGCUACAUGACGAAUGGUACCAAGUCUUAUCCGAAGGCAUGUGUCGCCUAUGUCUCCAAUGCAAAGCUAAGCAAAGCGGAACACAACCACCCAGUCACUCUGCAGCGACGCAUCCUUGUCCAUAUUGUCCCGAAGCCAGACCAGCCAACAAAACUGGCUAUUGUUCGGAGUGUGUCAAAACAGAACGUUUAG